AUGGACCCGUCCUCGUGGUUGGGCGGCUAUACGGCUCAACACUACUCGCGUCUCAGGGCUUCGGGGUCUCAGAUGCCGAACCAACUCAAUGUCCCGCCGGGUCUUAAUGUGGGCCAAAGUGGGCAUCAGCUCAACGACCACUUGGGUCUGGGGGUGACGCCCAACGCCACCAAUCAGGCCAUGUCUGGCCACUACGCCUCUACACCCACUCACCCCCACUCGUGGCUCUUCUCGUCGCACGGCCUCAACGCCGCCUCCCAUCAGACGCCCGCUCACGACAGCUCCUCCUUCAACGCCAACCCAUUCCUUCAUCACCCGAGCUAUGACUCGAGCUUCUUGUCGGCGCCCUUCCAGUCGAAGGCCUCGUACUUACCGACGGCCGGAGUGGGCGUCGGAUCGGGUUUUUUCAAUCCCAUGAACUCCAUGAAGAAGGCGGACAACGAGAUGAAUAACUUAAGGAACGCCGCCUACUGUUCCACAAUGUCGUCCAUGUCUAGCAUGUCGGCCGCGAACAACAUGACCAGUGAUCCCAACGCCGGCCUCAACACCGGAUCCCUGUUUCCCACUCAUCUCACGCCAAGCAGUUGGCGCCACAACUUAAUGGGAACCAACACUUCCAGCGGACCCUUCGGUAUACUACCGCACGAAGCCGUCAAUGUGAACGUGAAUGUCAUGAACACCGGUUCCAACGCCAUCGCCAACUCUCACGCCUCCCAUAACUCGCAUUCAUCGCAUUCUUCUCACAACGCUUCACACCAUUCGAGUGCUUCUCAUAACAAGUCGAAUGACAGCCAAAAAGGGCAUCACUUUCAUCAUCACCACAACCACAAGACAUCGGCGGCAAUGCCCGGGAUGUCAGGUGUGGACAACAAUUCGUUUCGCAAUAUUAUGCCGUCUUUGCCUCCGACACAAGCCAGUCAUGCAAUACCGACGAGAGGCCAGACAUCGUUCGACGCAAACAUGGGCUCUAAGAUCACUGGCCAUCACCACCACAGCCAAAGUGGUUACGCGUCGGAUAUGUUUGCGAUGGCGGCGGCGGCCCAUGCGAUCAACUCGGACUACAGACAGACAUAUGCAUCGGGUAUCGCGUCUGGCAAUCAACAGGCGAUGACUGCGUUCGCCUCCAACACCGCCUCCAGAAGCGGAUACCCGUCCGUUGGCUUCCAUUCGGAUCCCAGCGCUCGUCGAGAACUACUAAGCAAUUCAUCUCUUAAGCAGAGCUCAAGUAAUUCGUGUAAUGCAAGGAAUAUGAGUGCUAUGAACGCCAUGAAUGCUAUGAACGCUAUGAACGCCGGUAGCUAUUUGUCCAACUGUGCAAUGAUGCCAAUGAUGAACCCUAGCGCUCAAUCGGUGGCCAAUUACUCUUCCAGUCCGGCCCACAGUGUCAACAAUUUGACGGCCAAUCCGUCGGUUUCGCGCUCGUCCUCAGCGGCCAGUAAUCACACUCUCCCGCAGGGGAACGACUCGUCGUGUAGUUUUGGUUACAGCAGUCCGGCCACUAAUUUGCCACAAUCUCCGUACCCACAGCCUCAGCGAUCAAACACAUCCAACUCUAGUCAGGGCACACCCACCACUGCGGGGCCGGCCGUCCAGUCCUCAACGCAAGACUAUACAAAUUACGGCACUCCUCAAGGUUUCCCUUCAAUGGGUAAUCAAACCCCAACCCCUACUCCCGGUUAUCCUACUCCCCCAUCGAGUGUAGGUCAGCCCCACGUGACACCGGCUAACAAUCAGGCGCCACCACCUCAUGAGGAGCAAGUGUCUCAUUACCCACAGUUGACACCACAGACACCGACACAAAACACUCCGUUUUCUACCAAUUAUUCGGCAAACUUUAGUUCAAAUCCAAAGAUGACAUCAAAUGGCAGCAGAAAUUCGGACUCGAUUUUGACGAACACGUCCUCCUGUAUGGUUGCGGCCGCCGCUAUGAACGGCACACAGAAUGGCUCAUCAGUUGUGCAGCAAAGACCUGGAUAUAUGAUUCCCGAGACUGAAUCCUGUGGUCUCUCGAAUAUGGUUGCCGUCAAUCCUAUUAACGACAGCCUUUCAAACGCCAAACUCACGAGUGAUUCGCAACUCAACUCAUCAGACCAUUCAAUUGGACAUCAAAGUGAGCCGACACUGAACUCUGUGUUUAGUUCACAAGAAAUCGAUUUUCCGAUUAUAAACUUCGGAGUGAAUGACGAAACAAAUGGGUUUAAUCCUAAUUUAAAACUCGAGAAUUCGUUUAAUAAGAAGAAAACGAAAGGCAGUAAAAAGAGUAAGAAAAAGGAUAGGAAUAAGAAUACCAAUAAUAAUAACAAUAGUAAUAAUGUGAGCGUCGGUAUGCCUGUUGACCCGAACAACACCUUCUCUGGGUAUCAGUACCCGACUCAACAGCAAUACCAGAAUUCUUAUCAAAAUUCAAACCCAUAUUUAAUGCCUCAAAGUAUCGGUCAUCACAACCAAACACCACAGGAGUCACAACAGACUCAUAACAUAAUACCGAACGACUCGAGCGCUGACAACAGCCACACGAACGCCAAUCCCUGCUAUGAUAUGCAAUACCAACAACACAUACCCCAACAGCAGGUCCAACAACAGCCACAGCAACUGUCAUCACAUCCCACACAACCAGAACAUGAUUUGAUGCAACAGUUGCCUCACGAGCCGCCACACCACCAGACCGUACAAACUCAAGAGCACCAAAUGAUGGAACCGGUGAUGUCGAUGGCCUCACAGCAGUUGACACAAACGCAGACUAAUUCCGUGAAUGAGAAGCAAUCGUUUCCCACAAUUGACGACGAGUUGAGUUUUCUCACCGAACCUACAGAUUGUGUAUCAAUGGAGACGCAGACACCAAACAUGAAUCCCAGCGUUCAGAUGGAAACGCAGUCACCUCUUGUGAUAAACCAGACGUCGAAUAUCUGUUCCGAUCGCUCAUCCAAUGCAAACCUCUCUCCGAAUUCGAGUUUAAACACAAACCAAAACUCGAACUCAAAUCAGGGAAACAGCAAUUCGUCUCAUCCGUCAGGUUUUCUCAAGAGUUUCAUGACUUUCAUUAACUCUCCGACAGUUGCCGUCAAAGAAAAGAAGAAAAAGAAAGUGAAAGAGUCGGACGAAAACAAAAUCAAACAAAACAAUAAUACACUGAACGGACAGAAGUCGUGUAAAUACAGUAAGAAAGCGAAACUCGAGGACAACUUCGAGUGCAACGACGAACUCAUCUCUGAAUUGGACCACAAGAAGAAGAAUAACUUUUCGUCUGUCAAUCAAAAUACGCCAAAACUGAUGAGCGGUGAGAAUAUAUCGCUCAAGAAGUCGAUAUCCGGUGAUCGCGAGAACUACGAGAGCAAGUUCUUCAAGAGGAGGCCGUCGACUAAUAUCAAUACAAAUAACGUUCAUAUCAUUGAAAUGGAGUCUCGAAAGGAAGUGAAAAACGGGAAAAAGAGGAAAAAUAAGUUUGAUUUUGAUUUGUUUGGCAACGACUCGCAGCAAAAGCACGACGAGUAUGAGUUCCCCGACAGCCCUCCCAAUACUCAUUCAACUAAAAAGAGCCGAAAGUCCAGCAGUUGUGACAAUUCGAGCAAAAAGAAACCGACGACUGAUUUCGAGAAAAUCACUUCUCCUUCGGUUAGCAUUAACUUCAAGAAGAAUAACACAAAGAAGAGUGUGUCGAAUGUUGUCUCGAAUCCGGCCAAACCUGUGGCCACCAGUUCCACCGAAUCCAUAGAGUGUAGUAUUAAUUCAGUGGCGCUCAACACGGGUUUGACGCAAACCAUUGAUAAUCAUUUGCAACAAUCAGUGCAACAGAACCCGACUCCAGAGGCAGUCAAAGUGGAAGAUAUUAAUCCGGUUCCCAAUCCUCCCAUUCAUAAGAAACCAAACAAUGCUUCAAUUCAAACAAAUAAUAAACAAAAACCGACUCAAAAUCAAGUGAUAAACAAGAAGUCGCCAAAUGUGAAGACAAGUCCCCCUCAAAGCACUCCAUUAAACACAUCGACGGUUGCCAUCGAACACAUCCUAAGCCCCAUCCAAACGACGUCCACCCCAUCCAACACUACUAACUCAACCAAACCGACCACAACGCCAGUCACCACCACUCCCACGCCAACUACUACUUCAAGCGCACCGGUUGUUACAAACAAUUGCAAUUCGGUUGGUAUGCAAAGCGCCGGAACUAAUACUCCUCGACGAAGAUCUCAAGACAAGAAGGCGUCGACCAUUCGAGAAGGACUCAUGAGAACUGGAGAUUUUGUUGUGUCCAUCGAUGAAUCACAGUAUGAUUUGCCCGUUAUUUGGAGAAUAGAAGGCAAAAGUUUGCUCCAAAGGUUUGAACCCACGGAACAGGACGACAUCACUGUAUAUAUCAAUACCUCAUCCUACUCGGCGUGGAAUCCGACAGUAAGACAGCGUUAUACUGGUGUAGACGUGCGGGUCAUGGGUUGCAGUCGAACCCGAAUAGUGGUCGAGAAGUUAGGUCUGACGCAAACAAAUGCUAACUCCGUUAAUGGUUUGGCCUCAAUAGAAAGGGUGGGCGCCCCUAAUAAAUCGAGUUCAUCGCAACAGUCAUCCAAUAACUCAUUUCAUAAUCAGGAGAACUUUGAAGUUUUUAUCCAAACACUGAUUAGUCAAGCAUUGGAUCCGAAUUUUAUCUCAGAGAUUGUCAAAGAGAACGAUGAAUACUUCUUAUCACACGUUCAGGCGAUAGACGACAUGUGUUCGCGAAAGAAGUCCCGGUUCUUCUCGAAAGUCAAAUGGGACGCCAAUAUUGUGAAGUGUGUCGAGACAUAUCCUCUCUUCACAGUCACCGCUCAGAACAAUGUCGGAGACCUUCGCUGUCGGUUAUGUCACGACAACUGGAGUACACAGAUAUUGCAAUUCAAUGGCGAGCCAUACAAUCAAAUGACACUCGAGUCGCAAACGGGCGUCGAUUUGAAGCAAACGAAAUACGCGGCCUGUGAUCCCUGUACUGAUAAGAUUGUAUUAUAUUCUCAUUUACAUCAUCAGAAACACAACUUCUUCUGUAAAUGUAAAUCUAAAGUGGACAGCAUAAGAGGUGGUGACGAAAGUAAAGAAUCACAUGUGAUAUUAGAGCUGUGUCUUCAGGAUAGUGAUUGGAUUAAUAUGUUUGUGAGUGAAGUGCGGGCGCGAGUGGAGGACAGGGAGGACAGAGAGGACAGGGAGGACAGGGAGGACAGAGAGGACAGGGAGCCUAUUCGCUUCUGUACGGCAUAUGUGUGGGUCUCUGGUGGUGGUGUUGUGCGCACUCUCACUCUCGUCCAUCAUAUCUAG